CGGCGGGGCUGGCCGCGGAGUUGCCUGGCUGAUGCCUGCGUUCUUCGGUUGUCUUCUUCAAAAUGAGAUUAAAGGAAUCAAUAGGGGAGAGACCUUUAGAGUUUUCCUCAAACUCGCUAAUUUGUUGGGUGAAAACACUGGACAGGUUUGUAACUGACACAAACCUAGAAAAACCAUGGCUGCUGCUAAGGGAACGGCCAUCGGCAUCGACCUGGGCACCACCUACUCCUGCGUGGGGGUGUUCCAGCACGGCAAGGUGGAGAUCAUCGCCAACGACCAGGGCAACCGCACCACCCCUAGCUAUGUGGCCUUCACAGACACCGAGCGGCUCAUCGGCGAUGCGGCCAAGAACCAGGUAGCCAUGAAUCCCCAGAACACUGUGUUUGAUGCCAAACGUCUGAUCGGCAGAAAAUUUAAUGAUCCUGUCGUGCAAUCAGAUAUGAAACUUUGGCCUUUCCAAGUAAUCAACGAAGGAGGCAAGCCCAAGGUAAUGGUGUCCUACAAAGGGGAAAAGAAAGCUUUUUAUCCUGAGGAAAUCUCUUCUAUGGUACUGACUAAGAUGAAGGAGACUGCUGAGGCUUUUUUGGGCUACACUGUCACCAAUGCUGUGAUCACUGUGCCAGCUUACUUCAAUGACUCUCAGCGUCAGGCCACCAAGGAUGCAGGUGUUAUCGCAGGUCUCAAUGUGCUAAGAAUUAUCAAUGAACCCACUGCUGCUGCCAUUGCCUAUGGCUUAGAUAAAGCAGGUCAGGGAGAGCGACAUGUCUUGAUCUUUGAUCUGGGUGGAGGCACAUUUGAUGUGUCUGUGCUGACCAUAGAUGAUGGGAUUUUUGAGGUUAAGGCGACAGCUGGGGACACCCACUUGGGUGGAGAGGAUUUUGACAACAGGCUUGUGAGCCACUUUGUGGAAGAAUUCAAGAGGAAACAUAAGAAGGACAUCAGCCAGAACAAGCGGGCUGUGAGGCGGUUGCGCACUGCCUGUGAGAGGGCCAAGAGGACCCUGUCAUCUAGCACCCAGGCCAACUUGGAAAUUGACUCACUUUAUGAAGGCAUUGACUUCUACACAUCCAUCACCAGAGCCCGGUUUGAAGAGUUGUGUGCAGACCUGUUUAGGGGCACCCUGGAGCCUGUGGAGAAGGCUCUUCGGGAUGCCAAGAUGGAUAAAGCUAAAAUCCAUGACAUUGUCUUAGUAGGGGGCUCUACUCGAAUCCCUAAGGUUCAGAGGCUGUUGCAGGACUACUUUAAUGGUCGUGAUCUCAACAAGAGCAUCAACCCCGAUGAGGCAGUUGCCUAUGGGGCUGCAGUUCAGGCAGCCAUUUUGAUGGGGGAUAAGUCUGAAAAGGUACAGGACCUGCUCUUGUUGGACGUGGCUCCCCUGUCUUUAGGUUUGGAGACCGCAGGGGGAGUCAUGACUGUACUAAUCAAGCGCAACUCCACCAUCCCCACGAAGCAGACACAGAUUUUCACCACCUACUCAGACAAUCAGCCGGGCGUGCUGAUCCAGGUGUAUGAGGGCGAGAGGGCCAUGACUCGGGACAACAACCUGCUGGGGCGCUUUGAUCUGACUGGAAUCCCUCCGGCACCCAGGGGAGUGCCCCAGAUUGAGGUGACCUUUGACAUUGAUGCCAAUGGUAUUCUCAAUGUAACAGCUAUGGACAAGAGCACGGGCAAGGCCAACAAGAUCACCAUUACCAAUGACAAGGGCCGGCUGAGCAAGGAGGAGAUCGAGCGCAUGGUUCUGGAUGCUGAAAAAUAUAAAGCUGAGGAUGAGGUCCAGAGAGAGAAAAUUGCUGCAAAAAAUGCCUUAGAAUCCUAUGCUUUUAACAUGAAGAGUGCUGUGAGUGAUGAAGGUCUACAGGGCAAGAUUAGUGAGUCUGAUAAAAAGAAAAUACUGAGUAAAUGCAAUGAGGUCCUUUCGUGGCUGGAGGCCAAUCAACUGGCUGAGAAAGAUGAGUUUGAUCAUAAGAGAAAGGAAUUGGAGCAAGUAUGUAACCCAAUCAUUACAAAACUCUACCAGGGAGGAUGCACUGGGCCUUCCUGUGGAACAGGGUAUACACCUGGAAGGGCUGCAACAGGCCCCACAAUUGAAGAAGUAGAUUAAUCUUAUGUGGAGCUGGACAGUUCUAGGGUGCCUCUAAGAUGAAUUUUGUUGCCCUCAUCUUCAAACAUGGUUAUAAUUCCUGAAUUGACUGGACCUGAAUCUAAGUGACUAUCACUUUUGGAUUCUGAUGGAGGAGUCUCAUAUACCAUCUUUUCACACUCCAACAAUUUUCUGACGCAUUACAACAAAUUUCUGACUCUGGAAUGAGACUCUUAGGAAAACUAGGCACCUCUCGGAACCAUUUGAAGAAUCUGAAUGUCUGUUAUUUAUUUCCAGCCUUCCCAACUUCCUUUUUCCUGUGUGGAUGGUUAUUUGUCCCUCAGUAAAUUUGUUCCUAAAGCAAAUUACUUGCGGUAUUUUUAGACUAUGAGUGUAUCUUGUAAAAAGGGAGUGUGGAGCGACCACGUGUGGUCUGUUUGUGAGCUAAUUGUGAAUGAUUAAGCUGGUAAGGGCAAAGUAUUUGAAUUUUCAGGAGCUGAUUGAAGAAGGGAAAAUAACUUUUGAUUAUCAGGUUAAACCCUUUAGCCCCAGUUAGAGUAGCUGCUAAUUUAGAUACUGCUUUUAAGUGAUUGACUGAUUAGGUGUUUAAGGUUGAGCUGGGGAGUUGGGGCAAGGACCAACUUCUGCUUGAUGUCCUGAUGUCACUCAUAGGUGGGGCCUAGGAGAUCCUGCCCCU